AUGUCGACACGGCAGGGCCGUCGAGGGUCCGUGGCGUAUCAUUCAGGCAAUGUCUUCACGGCCGAGAGGGAUGCAAGCCGAGCUGAGGCUUUCAUCGUCUCCGAAGAUGGUACUUUUUCAGCGGUAGGGAGCAAUAGCGAGAUCCUGGACAUCGCUCGACGCGAGCAGCUUCCUACCUUUGACCUGCACAGUCGAUUUGUCAUGCCGGGGAUCCACGACGCUCAUGUCCAUAUCCUUCUGGGAAGUUUCGCCUCUUCAUCAUACCUGCAGCCGGGCGAGGACGCGACCAUGUCGAAUAUUGGUGCAAGGCUCAAGUCACCUGAAUGCGCCUGCGAGCAUGCGCAUGUCUUUGGCGACUGGAUCGUGGGAUCCCUCUACCGUAUCGACGAUUUCGACAGAGAAGCUCUGGACAGAGACUACCCCGACACGCCGGUGCUGAUACGUGGAGGCGCGGGGCACGCCAUGUUCAUGAACACUGCCGCCCUAAGGCGGUCAGGGUAUGGCUUGACAGAGCCAGAUGCGCCGCACGAACAGUACUUUCGACGCCCAGACGGAUCCCUGACAGGCGAAAUGACGGAGCUGGCAAUGACGAAGGCUGCGUUGGCGUUCCCAAAGCCCGAAAUGUCUCACGUAAAACGAAGCAUCCUAGAGGGCAUAGGCCGGCUCCACUCGGUGGGAGUGACAAGUUUCCAGGAAGCAGCCUCCAACACGACCAUACUGACAGCACUUCGCGAGCUUGACGCGACCGGGGAGUUGAAGAUGGACGUGCAAACGCAUAUUGUGUACAAGCCAGAACAUCUAGCAGAGGAAAGCUUCAAGACGCUGCACAAAACGCUCGAUGACGCAGCCACCUUUCAGUCAGCACAUGUGCAGACAAGCUUUGUAAAGUUCAUGUUGGAUGGCGUCCCCCUGCACCCUUAUUAUACACAGGCCGGCCUCACUGACUCUGGAGAGAUCGACGAGAGCAAGAUCCAAAUUGACGAUCUGGCGGAAGCCGUCGCCAAGCUCGACGCAAGAGGGAUGACCUGCAAGAUCCAUUGCACUGGACAUGGCAGUACGCGUCGGGCGCUGGAUGUGUACGAAGCUGUCAGAAAGAGUAACAAAGCUGGGCCAAGGCACGAGAUUGCACACUGCAGUGGAGUUCACGAUGAUGAUUACCCUCGCUUCAAGCAGCUGAACGUAACCGCUGAGAUGUCGCCAUCAAUGUUCUUCGUCCAUCCCGUCACCAGCAUGAGUAAUGGACUGAUGGACUGGAAUUUCCCUAAGAUGCUGCAACAUGGAGCUCAUCUCACCAUUGGAAGUGACUGGGCUUUCCAAGAUCCUGCGAUCCUUCCAUCUUGCGCCCUCAUACUUGACAGCGUUGCUUCUGCUCUACCCGAUGCACCUGAUGCAAAAAGUAAGGCCGCUGAAGUGAUCUGCAGGAUUCUCACGGCAGCUGGAGCUACAGCUGUCGGGCGAGAAAGCACUACUGGAACUAUUGCCGUCGGCAAAAAGGCCGACUUCAUCCUUGUCGACCGUGACUUGGGCAAAGGUGACUUCGAGGGAGCCCAGGUCCUAGGGACUUGGUUUGAAGGAGAGAGGGUUUUCGAUGCCAAACAGUCGCAUAAAUAG